CUGCCUUUGGCUCGGCUCGGGCGGGCUGGGCUCGGCGCGGCGCGGCGCGGCUGUCUGUCCGUGCCCGCCGGUUCUCGGGAGGAGUGCCAUGGGAGAGACGGGUGCCGGGCGAGGCGCGGGGCGCGCACUGGGCACUCUCCUUCCGCGGUCCGUUCGCCGCCUCCCUACCGGCCGUCCGCGCUCCGCCACUGCCGUCAAGCGGACGCACCCCGAGUACAGCUCGUCGGACAGCGAGGAGCUAGACGAGGCCGUCGAGGUGGAGAAGGAGAGCGCGGACGAGAAUGGGGCGCUCAGCUCGGCCGCGGGCUCCAUGUCUCCCUCCACCACCUCGCAGAUUCUGGCCAGGAAGAGGCGCCGAGGGAUCAUCGAGAAACGCCGUCGCGAUCGCAUCAACAACAGCCUGUCCGAGCUGAGGAGGCUGGUGCCCAGCGCCUUCGAGAAGCAGGGAUCAGCCAAGCUGGAAAAAGCUGAGAUUCUGCAGAUGACUGUCGAUCAUCUGAAAAUGCUGCAUACAGCAGGAGGGAAAGGUUACUUUGAUGCUCACGCUUUGGCUAUGGAUUACCGGAGUCUGGGCUUUCGAGAGUGCCUGGCUGAGGUGGCUCGAUACCUGAGCAUCAUCGAGGGGCUGGAUGCCUCUGACCCUCUGCGCGUUCGGCUUGUCUCUCACCUCAAUAACUACGCCUCUCAGCGGGAAGCGGCAAGUAGCGCGCACACUGGUAUUGGACACAUUCCCUGGGGCAGUGCCUUUGGACAUCACCCUCAUAUAUCUCACCCCCUGCUGCUGGCUCAAAAUGGGCACGGUAACACCAGUACUACAGCAUCUCCCACAGAACCGCAUCACCAGACCAGAAUUGCCGCCCCACAUGCUGAAACUUCCUCACUCAGAGUGCCCCCAAAUGGCAGCGUUGGACCAGUGCUCCCCGUGGUCACAUCUACUACCAAACUGUCUCCUCCUCUUCUUUCCUCCAUGGCAUCCCUGUCUGCGUUCCCCUUUUCAUUUGGCUCCUUCCACCUCCUCUCCCCCAAUGUGCUGAGCCCGUCAGCACCAACACAGUCGGCAAGCCUUAGCAAACCCUACAGACCCUGGGGGACUGAGAUUGGAGCCUUCUAAGAACUAACUCUUUAGUGAGGGUGGGGAAACCUACAAACCUAGCUGAGCUGGGUUCUGCCACGCUUAAAGUUGAAGUUCUUAAUGACUGGGACAAAGGUACAGCUUCAUCUUAAGUUUGUCUAAAAACUAUCUCUUGGGAUUUUUUCUUUCUGUUUUCUACAUUUUUGUAUUAGGUUUGGGUUUUUUUUUAAUAGCUGUUGGAGUUGUUAAUAAAAUGCUAAUAGUGGUUGUUAACUCUUGUGUUAGGUCUGUGCUGAGCAUUGAAAUCACUUCUGUAAUGGUUUAUUGCAAGUGGUUUUUUUUUCCUGAGCAUGACAGACCACCUUUUUUUGAGGCCAGGUCACCUGUUCUUGUUAGCAACAGCCAAGUUUAGUUACUAGAUUUUCCAAGACCACUCUUCUCAGCAUUAACAGGCAGUGGAUUUUGUUAGUAUUUUACACCAAGAUGUUCUGGAAGGAGUUACUCUUUUUGUAAACUACUUUGGAGGCUGAAGAAAGCAUCGACAAAUCAGCUGGAACAGCCUGACCAGCUUUAUCUAAGAGCCCAACUUCUGUUUCUUCUGCAGUGGUUUAGUAGAUUGGAUGGUCAUCUUCUGGUCCUGAGCGGACAUCUGACAUCUCAGAACUGCUAGACUAUCUGUUCCAAAAGGAACAGUAUGUGCUUUAGAGCAAACUUGAGAGUGGGGAGGUUGCAAGAGUGAAAUUAGAUACUAGAGUGGUGGUGAGUUCAGUUGCAGGGGAAGUGAAAAACACAGUUGUCACCUCAGUAGGCUUUCUGCAGGAGAUGACCGUAAGAAACAGUCUCAAGUUGCACCAGGGGAAAUUUAGAUUGGACAUGAGAAGAAACUUCUUCACUGAAAGGGUUUUCAACCACUGGAAUAGGAUCCCCAGGGAGGUGGUUGAAUCCAUACCUGGAGGUGUUUCAGAGAAGCAGAGGUGUGGUGCUAAGGGACAUGGUUUAGCACCAACCUUAGUAGAGUUAUGGAGUGGUUGGACUUGACGAUCUUAAAGGUCUUUUUCAAGCAAACCAAUUUAUCCUGUUUCAUAGGGCCAGAUCUGCUUUGAGUCACAGUGGAGUAAUUGUUCUGUUGCCCUGUGUUCUUGACUAACUGGGGUCAGACUCUUUGCCUCUGCAAGCUCCAGGUUUGCACCUGAAAGGGCUGAUGCUGGUAUUUAGUGAAUGGAAUGGUACAGUGGGAACCUGUUAGGUGGCCAGUUGCUGCUGAACAGUUACAUCAGAACCAGUUGAUUUUUCUGUUGUGUUUUACCCUUGGGUGCAGUUCAGUACUACCCCUCACUUUGGGAGGGCUCUGCUGCGCUCUCCCUGUGUGCACAUGUGUAUUUUAGUUGGCUUCAUGAGAAUCUGAACCUGAGUAGGUUUAUCUUGUGAGUUCCACGGGAUGGGGUCUGACUGCUCUUGUAUUUGUGUGAUGGCUAAAUAAAGGAGAAAGAACAAA